UCCGCAUCUUUGGUAGUACUUAGAACUAACUAGUGAAAAAUUAAACAUUAAAUGAAAAUAUUUAUUUACGGGUGAUUCAUUCGUUCUGGUUGGUGGCGGUUAUUUUGAGAGUUUCCCCUUAGCUAGUGGAACACAAUUGCAAGAGUGGAGUAAAUGAACCUCUAGCGCGUGGCAGUGUGUACAAGACAUCGCGCGAACCAGCAGCGCUUUGCGGGAGGAGGCGAAGAGCAAGGAUAAAGGCCUUCUACAACACACAAAGUGCACAGUUUUACUUUUGGAAAAAAUAAGAAAUAUUCUUUGAAAAGACACCAAAAUGGUUGAAAAAAGUGCACUUUUGUUGGUUGGAUUUGCUGUGUGCGUGGUGUAUUUCAGUGGGCCUGUUUCAGCUUUUAGGACUUGUGCCGAGGCCCGUUAUUGCUGCCCGGGCCGAAAUAACACAUGCUUUGCUCAUGGACCCCGAAUGGAUAACGAUAAUAAGCAAAAGAGAUGUUUCUGUGACCAGGAAUGUGCUACUAUGGGGGAUUGCUGCAUCGAUUACACACAAACAUGCACAGGUCGAGAUUGUUUGAUGGAGGAGUGGGGGUCGUGGAGCGAGUGUGAUGAGCUCUGUGGGUACGGGACCCAGAGGAGGAAGAGAAAGAUCCUCCGACACCGCCAACACGGAGGGAAGAAGUGCCCUGUCCGCCAUGAAAAACGGGCAUGUGUGGGCAACCAGUGCUUCGCGGUCCAGUCAGUCGAGUUCAGGGGCAAAGAACUUAGUGAGGUUGGGAAGAUUUUACCAGCAGAAUUUGGAAGAUGGAGAACAAGUAGUCUAUACAGUAUGGAACAUGAUAUCAGGAGGAAUCUGAUAGAGAAUCGCCUCAGCAACGAGGUCCCUACCAGACUACCAUACUGUGCCAAAUUUACCAUUGUGGCUACCAGCCUGUAUUGCAACAUGUCAGGAGCCAAUAACAAGUGGGCCAAUGAACUGCAGCUGAACAGAACGGUGUGUAUCCAAUGUGAUCCAUUCGCAAUGAGCAAGGAACUCGGAACUCGUUGUAUCGGACAUGGUGUCUACAACCACACAACUCGCUGGAAGGCCGUGGAUGUCCCGUACUGCAAUGGACAGUGGAAAAUGAUUACCAAACCACAGGAUGGUUGUGUGUGUGAUGUAGAAUCCAAAGACAGCUUUAUUUUAAUCUGAGAAGAAUUUCUCUUCAUUUUGUAAAAUGAUUUAUGAAGUAUAUGGUUGUUUUUAGAGUCUAGUUUACAUAAUUUUACAUCUUUUAUGUCUGUCAGAUUGGGUCUUCUCACCAAAGACUGUAAAAUGUAGUGGUACCGAAUUAUGUAAAAUUGAGCUUUAUGAUAUGGUUAAGAUGAAUGAACAUGAAGAUAUUUGGAUUUAGAUGAAAUAUUUGUGUAUGUUUUGUAAAUGUACACAUCAGUAUGUAAUGUGACUUAAUCAUAUGUAUUUUCUACUUCACUUUGUCAUAUUGUACUUUUUUAUCUUUAAAGAUUGGAAGGGUGGAAUUAGUGCUAAAAAAGAAUGUAUGAAAAUGUAACAAAAUGGAAUCUGUAUGGGGUUUGUAAUAUUAGGCCAGUAUCAAAUUUAAUCAAAUACCAGUAGAAGUAUGUUUUACCUAGAGAAUGUUUAUUCUCCUUCUUCUCAUUUAGAUAUACUCCUAGGCUAUAUGAUAUCUCUAACACUCCAGAUUUUGGUUGUGGUUUCAGCGUUUGAUGUCAUCCAUUAAAAUCCUCUGUAUUCAUGUAUCUUAAAAUACUCAAAAUCCAGUGAAUUACAUAUAGAUAUAAAUCAUAACCAACAAAUACCUCACACAAAAAACACAUACAAAUGCAUCAUGGGUAAAAAAAUUCAUCUGAAAAAGAGGCUACUUGUGAUAUAGAUCUAUGCUAAAGGAGGUCUGAAAAACAAUUUUGUAAAUCGUUUGUACAUAAUUUUUGUGGAUUGAUGUACAAAACCCUUUAGAUGAUGAAAUGAUUAGAUACUGAUUGAAAUGGUGCUUUCAGAUAAUAAACAAAAAUGUAACCAGAAAAUUGCACAGUUGAUUUGGCUUAUAAGCUUACCAAUAUGAUACCCUGCUUUUAUAUAUGAAUCUGCAUGUAUUGGUCCCAGUCAUGAUACAUUGUAUAAGAUUAGAAUUUGUCCCUCCAGUUAGCUUUACACAUAUUCUGUUGUGUAUAUAAAACAUUUGUUGUAGAGUACUAUAGAAGUUUAACUGUGUUAUAUUCUCAUCAUUUCUACUUUUUUCUACAUUUACAUGUAGACAUUAAUUAAUUAUUUUAUGCUAUACUGUACAUGUAGCUUUUGUACUCGAUUUUGUCCAUAACUGUAGCAUUCUUUCUGUAAUUCAGAUUUAUUUUAAAUGUUCAUUUCUAUAGUUGGAUGUUGUGAUAGUUCUAUGCAAACCAAAAAAUGACAUCAAAUUCUGUUUGUCUGUGUGAAGGUCUGAAGGAUAAUUUUAAAUGCAUGCAUCUCAUUUUGUAAAUAAUAAAUUUAGUAUACUCAUUUGAAAUUUAAUGUACUGAAAUAAAAUAUAUUAGUUACCAAUAA